UCACCGUAUAAAAACAUAAACAUUGAGAGGGAUGGAUCCUGCUGGGGAGACUCAUUUCUCACUUUCUCACAGUGGCGCAAGAUCGUGGACUGUUUUUAUACAAAUGAUCAAACAGACUGUCACUGCUUCCAACGACUCUGAGUAGAUCUAGGUGGUCGAAGACUAGAUUUAUAUAGAGAAGUCAGAAGAGUACCUCGCUACAGGUUUAGAAUCGGACAGUUUCUUCUGAGGCUGAGGAUCAUAAGCAUGGCUGCAUUAGAAGUAGAGGUUGAUUCUGCACAUGUUCCUGCUGCCGUUUGUGAGCAGAUGCUUGCUACUGUUUUGGGACAAUGCAUUGGAGAUGCGCUUGGAUUGUUAACAGAAUUCAUGUCUAAGGAAGAAGCAAAAGAGUAUUAUGGUCGGAAGCCAAAGAAUCUGAAGUAUGCACAGAAAGUUCCAGAUCUUCACAGGAGCAGGUGGAAGGAUGGUGACUGGACAGAUGACACUGACCAAAUGAUUCUUAUCCUCCAGGGCAUUCUCUACAACAAAGGAGAGGUUCUUACUUGUGACUUUGCGGCGAGGAUGCGUCGUUGGAUGAGGCAAGGAUUUCCUGAACUGGGAGAUUUUGGAGGAAAUGGUAUUGGAGCAACAACAUCAAAAGUUUUAAAUCAAGAAAAGUUUUUAGAGACGCCUCAUGAGGUUGCUUACAUGGUCUGGGACCGCAAUCAGAGAAACGUUGCUCCAAAUGGAGCUGUGAUGAGAACCUCUAUCUUAGGUCUUCACCAGUGGCAGGACUUGGAUGCUGUGAUUAAAAACUGCAUAGAAAUUUGCAAGACAACUCAUCAUGACCCAAGAUGCCAGGCUUCUACAAUUGCCGUAUCAACAUGUAUAGCACAAAUGUUGCAGCACACUGCUCACAAGCAGACAGCAAAGUCAGGAUCCUUGAAUGUAGAUUCUCUCAUCAAGAAGUCUUAUGAACUAGCAUGCUCUGUAUUAGAAACAGAAGAACAAGCAGGAGAUGCGGACACCAAUGGAUGUGUGGCUGGGGCAAUGUUGGCUUGUAAACUAGGCUUGUCUGCUAUACCAAAAGACUGGAUUGAUGAACUCGAACAUAAAGAUUGGCUUAUGGAGUAUUUCCAUAGAUUUGUACGUCUCCAAUCUGAGCUCAGUAAACCUGUAUCAGAGAGGACAAGCAAUGAUGAUCUCAGCCUUGAAGCUUUGAGAGAGCUCACACAGAAGAUCAGAGAUGAGCAGCAAAAAGAUUCUGCUUCAAAAACAUAAUUGCCUGUCCAUGCCUGUGAUGUGUGGCUUCAGUAGUCUAGUGGUUAUACCCCCCGGGGCAGUGCCACUGACUGUAGUGUCUUUAGGCCAUUCCCAAA